GCGAACACAUUCGAAGACGGGGGCACCUAAAUUUUCACGGGGAAGGCAAAAUAUUGAGCCGACACAAAUUAUAAAAAAUAAAAAUAAACAAAAACACCGCCAACAAUAACUAGGAGAGUUAUACAACUUAUAUUCGCGUCGAUAACGAUAGGAAAAAAACAACAAAGCAUAGGUCACUUUUGCGUGCUAACGUUAGCUCAAUCCAGCGGGUUUUGUUUGUUAUGCUAACCAGCUAGCUAACGGUUCGGAAACGGUGCAGACGGGCGGAUGGGGAGGCCAUCGAAUAAUGUUGAUUAGUUAGUUAGCGUAUUGGGGUUUUGCUUGUAUUUUUUUUUUUUUAAAGCUUUUCCCCACCCAUCGAUUCUCAAGAGCGGGCUUUUGCUAAGGAGAGCAUGCUAUGUUGCUAAUUAGUUGUUUAAGUUAAACCUAUUUAACGAUGGCCUACGUAACUCGCUGUAUUAGCUAACUAAUGUUAGCUAUAUAACAACAAAUAAUGAUAGAUAACUAGAGAGUCGUGGAGGCUACUCGUUAAUCUUUGCCGUUUGCACGAUAACCUAGGCUAAUUUGCGAUGUAACAUAGUCCAACGUUAGCCCUCCUUUGUUCCAGAGCAGCACAAAACCAUAGUUGCAAGCUAUCAAUGUUCACAAGCUGCAGUAAGUAAAUUGAUGCAGAAUACCACGUCGCUGACCUCACAUUGUCUGCUUUUCAUAUAGUCUAGCUAUAAUUAGCUCGUGUAGAAAUAUUAGAUAGCAUGUUUGUUAUCGAGAGAUGUGAUUACACGAAAUCAGUCUCGCUCCCUAUCCCUUGCUCCCUAAUCACUCCGAUGACAUUCAAAUAUGUAACGCUCGAUUACAUCAGUUUUGGUUUGCUGACAUCCAUCCACACCAACAGCAUCCAGUGACAACAGGAAACCAGGCAAGGACGAGACGAGAAACAUUUCUUCAGUCAGAUCACAGGUCAGUCACAGUGUUUUCAGGAGGAAGAAACAUGAUAAGAGGCAAGGGAAAGAAAGGAAAGGAAAAGAACCCAUGAACUUUAUUCAGUAAAAACAGAUUUUGACAGAGCAACAUUGUCUGUGGUGGAAGUUUCUUGAGGGAUUACAAAUACAACAGUCAGAUAUGUCACAUGGAUUAAGGCCAAUUGUCUGGAUGCCAUAAAAACGGACAAGAAGAAAUUUGACUAAGCGAUAGACUAUAAUGGAGGCAUAUGGCCAAAAAAAGUGAGAAUCACAGAAUAUAGCCUAUAUGGUCAAACGGAUACUUUCCAUUGUCAUUGAGCAAAUUGAAUCAUUGAAGAACCACAAAACAAAAUAGACAUUGAACACUGCACAAAACAAAUCCCAGUUUUUUAUGGCCUGAACUCGGAAGAUAAAUUACUUAGGAUUCAACAAUAAGAUAACAUAUUGUUUGUUUUUGUCUUCCACUCGAGAACAGAAAAUUGAUAAGGAGUUAUAUCCUAGAAAAAAGACACCUCCCUAAAAAUCCUCCGCUGUGUCUCCUCUUGGAUGGAGAGUGGGGGCGGCGGCCGAUCAUCAGCAGGAGGGGGGGACAGUAGCAGAGCUGCUGGGACAAGCGGCAGUGGUACUAAUAUCAGUAGCAGAGGAAGCAGUUCACGGAAUAGUGGAGGUUCCAGCUCUGGUGCCUCAAGCCGAAGUUCAUCUGUGAGUGGUGGGGGGAUUAUUGUUUCCACUUCUGGGGCUGGAGGAGGGGGGGCAGCACCACCUCCUACCAGUGAGUGGGAGAUGUUCCAGUUUGGAAAAUACUCGAUGGACAUUUUAGAGAUGCUGAGUGGACAUCAAGCCCACCAGUUUAAAGGUCUUGGAUUGGAGAGACAACUGCAACAUCAGCAGCAUGCUCAACUUCAACACCAGCAACAGCUACAGCAGCAGCCACCACCUGGUGAAACAUCAGGACCACUUCUAUCUGGGCUUGGCCUAGGAGCAUUGCAAGGAUCUAGAAGCAAUGCUUUUGCUGAUUCCUCUUCAAUUUUUGCCAAAAUGAGUGUCCCAUCCACGCUACCACAGCAAACUCAGUCCUCUUCUCAAAGUUCACGUAAAUCUAGCAAAAUAAGUGCAAGUAGUGGUAGCGCAGGUGGAAGUGGAGGUUCUGCAACAGGGUACCCACAAUUCUUGCGCCCAUUUCACCCAGCAGAGGCAGCUUUAGCUCAGGAGCAGCUACACCCUGGACUGGGACGCUUUGAGCACUUUUCAUCAGGAAGCAGCAGUGGAGUGGUGACUUCACCACCACCACCACCUCCUUUACACCCAGGUCUUACUGUACCCCAAGCAUCUCCUGGACAGCCAUCAUCCUCACCCUCCCCUUCAACCUCAGCUUCCACCUCGAAUAACCCUAGCAGUAGCAAUACUGUGGCUUCUCUUGGACAACAACUUGCUGGUGCUCAGUCAGAAGCACGGAGCCUGCACCAGCAGUUCAGUUGCAUGCUGGCAGCCAAUCAGUAUUUUCUCUCUGGAGUGCCACCAAAUGCCAGUUUGGAGCAGUUUUUGGUUCAACAAGGUACCCACAACCAUCUUAGUUUGGGUCAAGGUGGAGAUUCAAAUUCAGGCCUUGCACCGCCUCCUCUCCAUUCCUCUCACAGUCACGGACAUCUUACUCCUCAACAACAGCAGCAACAAUUGCCACCCCAUGCCUUGUCCCACCCUCACCCUCACCAUCCUCUUCACUCAGCGCCUCAACCACCCCCCUUGGGCAGUUUUGAUUUUCAAGGUAUUCCAGUUCUCUCUUCAAAUCAGAUAGCAUCUUUGAUGCAACAAGAAACUGGCUUGCCUCUUCCUCUACCACUCCAUCUCUCUCUUCCUAAAGAUGAGGGGAAAGACAGUGGAGGAAGUGGAGGUGGAAGGAGAAAGAAAGCUAUGCUUGGCUACCUUCCACAGAGGAAAUCUGACAACAUUAGUAGUAGCAGUAACUGCCACAGUAGUGGAGAUGCAAACCCUACCAGCAACUCUGGUGGACAUAGCCUUGAAGGAACUUCAAGUCUUGUUGGCGGCAGUGGACGAGUUGGUAUUGCAAGUCUAGGUGGAGACCCAUCUCCCCUCCUUUCUUCAGCACAAACAGCCUCUUCCUCAACAGUCUCUUCCUCUUCUUCUACUGCUCCAUCCUGUACCUCAGCCUCAGUCCUUGUCACAAAUUGCUCACAACUCUCUAAAACUGAAAGUCAAGGCUCACUGGCACCCACUCCUACUCAGCCUGAACCAGAGCCUCUUUACCACUGUGGGGAGUGUGGCAAAACCUUCACUCAUCUCUCCAGCCUCCGAAGGCACCUACGCAGUCAUGGUUUGUCUACUGGUGGUGGAAGCACCAACCCCAAUCCUAAUCACAACCCCAGCCUCCCCCACUCCACUCAAGAUUUAGCCUCUCAGUCCAACCAUCAUCACUCACAGCCUCAGCAAGAUCCCUCUUUAGGCACCCAGCAACAACAGUCAAAUCCUGCCCCGACUUCAUCAUCAUCAUGUCCCAGCCCGGAGAAGACCCACUGUUGUCCUGAAUGUGGAAAAGGAUUUAAGAAAAGGGGGCAUCUUCUCCAGCAUGGAGUCAUUCACUCAGGGGCACGUCCCUUUGCCUGCCCAAUCUGCCAGCGCUCUUUCAACCGCAGAGAAUCGCUAACCCGGCAUGAGAAGAUUCACGAAGACAAGCCUUACCGCUGCCCGGCUUGUGGCCGCUGUUUUCGGGAGAGCACCUCUUUGCUCAACCAUGCAGCCUCUGGAACAUGUGGCAAACCAGGAAGGAGAUCACGAUCCAGGAAAAACAAUAGUCACAGCUCUGGACCUGAUGGACAGAAAAUUCAUAAGGUUGGGGCAGAAGGUGGAACAGGAAUAGUAGCAGGUGGAAGUGGUGUAGGAGAGUACCAAGGGGCCCAACUUGGUGCAGGUGUGGCUUAUGGAAAAGCUGAAGGUGGUGGAGUUGUCAGCUGUGUAAUGGGAGUAAAUGAAGAAGAAGAGGAUGAUAAGGCUUCACUGUCUUGUCAGGGUCUGUUUCAGCAGGGAAGAGGAGUGAAUGCAAAUGGUGGGAGUAAAACCGAAGGAAAGUAUGGACAUGAUUUUUCAAGGAAUUAUCAUCAAACACCUUAUCGAGGUGAUGACUACCGUGCAGAAUAUAAGCAGCACCGGUCACAAUCAAACUCUUGUUAUCCUAGUGAUCCUCCUUGUGGAAAUGGAAUGGCAAGUCCAGCACUUAGGAAGGCUCCUUUAGCCCCUACACUGCAUCCACAUCCUCAGAGUCAAACUCAACAGCAACAGCAACCACAUCUUCCCCUCUCUUCUCUUUUGGACGACUCCGAAGAUGAUGUUACCAGCUCUGUUGGCAGCGCAAUGUCAGCUAUUGCAGCAGCUGCUGCUGCCUCUUGCAUGCCGGGUGAGCUUAACAAUGGUGGAAGUCGAGGAGAGGAAAGGCGUGAUAUUAUCGGGGGGUUGCUGGGUGGGCUUGGUUUUGGGUCAGUGGGCACCUCCUCUGGAGGACCUUCAUCAACAUCCGGUAUGAAUAAAACUUACAGAGGACAAGGUGGAAAUGGGGAAUCCAUGGGUGGCACUGUAACAACACAAACCAAUCAAAAUCAACAACAGAAUAACCAGCAGGCACCAAAAGUGAAACCCAAGCGGCCUCGUAAGCCCCGUCCAAAGAAGGAGCCUGGAACAGCAGGUGGAGCAAGUGGAGAAGUGAAACGUAGACGUCAUACUCAGAGUGGAGCAGGAACUAGUGGAGAAGGUAGAGAACGACCAUUUCUGUGUAGUGUAUGUGGUCGUGGCUUCAGUCGACGUGAGACCCUUCGCAGACAUGACCGUGUUCACACAGGGGAGAAGCCAUACCAUUGCGAUGUUUGUGGCAAAGAUUUCCGCGAAGCAUUCCACCUUACAAAACAUCGCACAGUUCAUUCUGGGGAGAAAAACUACAAAUGUGAAUUAUGUGGGAAGGAGUUUGGUUAUGCCCAGAGCCUGAAGAGACAUGGAAAACUACACCUGAAAGGGGAAUUUGGUGAUGCAGGCACAACAGCAGGAGUUGGUAGCAGCUCUGGGGCAAUCCCUGGAGUGAGUGCCAACCAAGAUGGUGAACAAGGAACUUCUGAUUCUUACUAUUAUUCUCAGGAUAAGACUCCAGGCUCUAACACCCAGCCCCCUCCAAGACUUUACACUUGUGCUAUUUGCUGGAAGUCUUUCCGUCAUCACUUUCACUUGACAGCCCAUCAGCAAGCUGUCCAUGAAGGUGGGGACAAACUUUUCUGCUGUGAGGUUUGUGGGAAGGCCUUUGCAUAUGCCAAUAGCUUGACAAGACACAGACUUUCACAACAUGGACUGUCUCGGACAGGGCAAACGCACCAGCCCGGAGGUGACCGUGCAGGUAGGGUUGGGGAAGGCCCUGGAGUAACUGGAUCUCUGACCGAGAGUGGGCAAGCAACAAAUUCCCUUCUUCAACUUGGGCCACCUGGUGUAGCCCAGGGGGGGCAACGUAGCGAUGUCUCCCCAACACAGCAUCCUCCUCAUCCACAACCACAAUCUGGGUAUUCUCCUCUAUUCUACCACCCUGAACCUGGUUCCACCCACUCAUCUGCUUCCAGUGCCCCUCCUCACUCCCAUCCCCUCCAGACACAUUCCACUCAGUCUGCCCAAUCUCAUCACCAGCAACCUGCAGGAAUAAAAGGGGCACCUGUAUAUCCAACUGGUCCAAGCAAUGUCCUCAAUCUUGCUUCCACUGCUAUAUACCAGCCACUGUCCCAACAGUACCCUCACUCCCAACAGCGGCCAGCUGAAAUUCUGUCUCCACAUCUAGAACAGCAAGGAAACAUCAGGAAAUACAAGAAGAAAAAAACAAGAAAGAAUUAUCAAGGAUAUCAGAACACCCAAUCAGUCAAACAAUUUUCUGCAAGUGAGCAAAAGAAUGAACAGAAUAGACUGCAGAAGAGAAAAAUAAGAAUUCGUAGACAGCUGUUCAACAAGAAGAGAAGACUAGCUGAGCUCCUGAGGGAUAGAGGAGGAAGAACACGGCAUGGAGGACUAAGAGUUGGACACCUCUCAUCUUUAGAUGUCAUACAAAAACAAUUUGUUUGUCCAUUGUGUCCCUGUAGUGCUUUUCCCCGUAAGGCUGCAUUCUUGGUCCACCAUGCUGCUAGACACCAUCAAACGUACAGCUGCCGCCAAGCCCGUAUGGAGUGCAUCCUUUGCAGAAAACGUUUUCGUAAGUUCCUAGCAGCUCUCCGCCAUCGGGGUUUCCAUCUUGCUCGAGGGUCUUUCUCUUGUACACGAUGCCCCUCUCGUUUCUGGAAUGGAAGCCUCCUGGAGAGGCAUAAGGCUGUUUGCCAAGGUGUUCAAGGACAUGGUAGUGACUGGGGAGUCAAAUCAAAAACUGCAACAAAGAGGACACGGAAGUAAAAAAAAAAAAAAAAAAAACGCAUUAAGAGGACAGCAGUGGUAACACUGUAAGAUGUAGGUAUUUUUAAGAUUGAGAGCGACAGAAAGUUGGAGGAUGAGAUUCUUUUUAAA